AUGGGUUCCGUUGGCCUUCCACAAUUCUCAGUCUUCGGCGAGUACUACAACACGAUCGAUGGAAAGUUGAGCAGCACACAGCAGACUCGACACGGCAUCAACCCAGCUACCGGCAAGCCAAACCCAGAGGUUCCAGUUUCGACUCCUCAGGAUGUUGACGCCGCUGUUGAUGCUGCGAAGAGAGCUUUCAAGACAUGGUCGAAGGUUCCAUGGGCUGAGCGACAAGAGGCUUUGAACAAGUUUGCCGAUGCAAUCGAGAAGCAUGGUGAUGACUUCGCUAAGAUGCUCACACAAGAGCAAGGCAAGCCUUUGAUGUUCGCCAAAGCUGAAGUCGCUGCUGGUGUGCAAUGGACCAAGACCUUGUCUAGCUUUAAUCUAGAAGAGGAGGUCACCACAUCCGAUGAUGGUACUAAGGAAAUUCACGUCAGAUAUACACCUCUCGGUGUCUCAGUCGGCAUUGUGCCAUGGAACUACCCAAUCCACCUCGCCUGUGGAAAGAUUGCUCCAUCACUUGUUACCGGUAACCCAAUCAUUAUUAAGCCAUCUCCUUUCACACCCUACUGUGAUCUGAAGCUCGGAGAGCUCGCACAACAAUUCUUCCCUCCAGGUGUCGUACAAGUUCUCUCUGGCGAUGACAACCUUGGUCCAUGGCUAACAGCACAUCCCGGUCCCGACAAGAUCUCCUUCACUGGUUCAUCCUUCACUGGCAAGAAGGUCAUGGAGUCAGCGUCCAAGACCCUCAAGCGAGUCACUCUCGAGCUCGGUGGAAAAGACCCAACUAUUGUUUGCCCAGAUGUCAACAUCGCUGAAGUCGCUCCUAAGAUUGCAACUCUUGCUUUCAUGAACUCCGGUCAAAUUUGCCUUGCCAUCAAGCGAAUUUACGUCCACGAAGAUAUCUACGAUCCCUUCCUCAAGGCUAUGGUCGAGCACACCAAGACUCUCAAGGUUGGUGACGGUUCAGAGGAAGGCACAUUCCUCGGUCCUGUGCAGAACAGCAUGCAAUUCGAGAAGGUCAAGACUUUCUACGCCCAAAUUGAGAAGGAUGGACAGAAGGUCGCCGUUGGUGGUGUCAACGAGGAGAAGCCAGGCUACUUCUUGACCCCAACCCUCGUUGACAGACCAGCUGAGGACUCCAAGCUCGCCACCGAAGAGCCUUUCGGACCUAUUGUGCCAGUCAUGACAUGGAAGGAUGAGGCAGAGGUCAUCGAGCGUGCCAACAACACCAAGAUGGGUCUUGGUGCUUCUGUCUGGGCUACUGACUUGCAGAGAGCCAACAACAUCGCCAGACAGCUAGAUGCCGGAAGUGUCUGGGUCAAUGCUCAUUUGGAACUUGACCCUCGCUUCCCAUUCGGUGGACACAAGGAGUCAGGAAUGGGCUUUGAAUGGUCUCUUGCCGGGCUGAAGGCAUACUGCAACGUCCAGACUCUCUACCUCAAGAAGACAGCUUGA